CAGUCGCGGUGCACGGUUCCGCAGGUGGCAGCGAUGGCCCAGUGCUGAGCGCCCGCCAUGGCCGGCGCCCCCAGUCCGCUGCACCUGGCGCUUCUGCUGCUCGGGGCAGUAGGCAGAGCCGGCCCCCGCCCCCAGGGUGCCACCGUGUCCCUCUCAGAGACAGUGCAGAAAUGGAGAGAGUACAGACGGCAGUGUCAACGCUUCCUGACUGAAACUCCACCUCUGGCCGCAGGCCUCUUCUGCAACCGGACCUUUGAUGACUACGCCUGCUGGCCAGACGGGCCCCCAGGUUCCUUUGUGAAUGUCAGCUGCCCGUGGUACCUGCCCUGGGCCAGCACUGUGCUACAAGGCCAUGUGUACCGGUUCUGCACAGCUGAGGGCCUCUGGCUUCACAAGGACAACUCCAGCAUGCCCUGGAGGGACCUGUCAGAGUGUGAAGAGUCCAAGCGAGGGGAGAGAAGCUCUCCAGAGGAGCAGCUCCUGUCCCUGUACAUCAUCUACACAGUGGGUUAUGCGCUCUCCUUUUCUGCCUUGGUCAUCGCCUCUGCCAUCCUCCUUGGCUUCAGACACCUACACUGCACCCGGAACUACAUCCACCUAAACCUGUUUGCGUCCUUCAUCCUGCGAGCUCUGUCCGUCUUCAUCAAGGACGCAGCCCUCAAGUGGAUGUAUAACACAGCUGCCCAGCAGCACCAGUGGGAUGGGCUCCUCUCCUACCAGGACUCUCUAGGCUGCCGCUUGGUGUUCCUGCUCAUGCAGUACUGCGUGGCGGCCAAUUACUACUGGCUGUUGGUGGAGGGCGUGUACCUGUACACUCUGCUGGCCUUCUCCGUGUUCUCGGAACAGCGCAUCUUCAAGCUGUACCUGAGCAUAGGCUGGGGUGUUCCCCUGCUGUUUGUUAUCCCCUGGGGCAUUGUCAAGUACCUGUAUGAGGAUGAGGGCUGCUGGACCAGGAACUCCAACAUGAAUUACUGGCUCAUCAUCCGACUGCCCAUUCUCUUUGCCAUUGGGGUGAACUUCCUCAUCUUUAUCCGGGUCAUCUGCAUCGUGGUGUCCAAACUGAGGGCCAAUCUGAUGUGCAAGACAGAUAUCAAAUGCAGACUUGCCAAGUCUACCUUGACCCUCAUCCCCCUUCUGGGGACGCACGAGGUCAUCUUUGCCUUUGUGAUGGACGAGCAUGCCCGAGGGACACUGCGCUUCAUCAAGCUGUUCACGGAGCUCUCCUUCACCUCCUUCCAGGGGCUGAUGGUGGCCAUCUUGUACUGCUUUGUCAACAAUGAGGUCCAGAUGGAGUUUCGGAAGAGCUGGGAGCGCUGGCGACUGGAACACCUGCGCAUCCAGAGGGACAGCAGCAUGAAGCCCCUCAAGUGUCCCACCAGCAGCCUAAGCAGCGGGGCCACAGUGGGCAGCAGUGUAUACGCAGCCACCUGCCAGGCCUCCUGCAGCUGAGCUUUCAGCACCACCCUUCCUGAAGUCAUUGCUGCUGACUGGGUGACCAUCCCAGGUGGGAGAGACCCUCCCAGGGACAGGGGAGGGAAGGGACACGGACAUACAUACAUCCCUGCUUUCCCUCCCCAAACCCAUUAGACAGGCAAGUGGACAGUGCCUCCCGGGACCAUAGACACAUGUUCUCUGAAGAGAAUAGCCUGCUAAUUUAAUCACCGUGGCAGGAGGAGAAGAAAAACGAUUGCUGCUAAAAUGAGGACUUCUUCCUGUUAAAGCCACAAGGCCCUUGGGGUUCCCCUGGACAGAACAGACUCAAACUCAAGGCCAAUGGCUGAGUA